AUGGCGGAGUCCUCGGACAAGCUCUAUCGGGCCGAAUACGCCAAGAGCGGGCGCGCCUCUUGCAAGAAAUGCAAGGAGAACAUCCCCAAGGACUCUCUCCGGAUGGCCAUCAUGGUGCAGUCUCCUAUUUUCGACGGGAAGGUCCCGCACUGGUACCACUUCUCCUGCUUCUGGAAGGUGGGCCAUUCCCUCCCGCAUCCCGAAGUAGAUGUGGAUGGAUUCUCCGAGCUACGCUGGGACGACCAGCAGAAACUCAAGAAGACGGCAGAGGCUGGAGGAGUGGCAGAUAAAAGCCAGGCUGGCAAUGAGGCUCAGGCCAUGAGGACACUGAGUGACUUCGCAGCUGAGUACGCAAAGUCUAACAGGAGCACGUGCAAGGGCUGUCUGGAGAAGAUCGAGAAGGGCCAGAUGCGCCUGUCCAAGAAGAUGCUGGACCCGGAGAAGCCACAAAUGGGCGUGAUUGACCGAUGGUACCACCCAAGCUGCUUCAUUGAGAACCGGGAGAAGCUGGGCUUCCGGCCUGAGUACAGUGCAAGCCAGAUCGCAGGCUUCGUCCUCCUCAGUCCAGAGGACAAAGAGCUCCUGGAGAAGCAGUUUUCGGGGGUCCACGUUGAAGGAAAGAGAAAAGCUGAUGAAGUGGAUGGCAUUAGUGAAGUGGCGAAGAAGAAGUCUAAAAAAGAAAAGGAAAAGGAUCGCAAGUUUGAGAAGGCCCUCAAAGCCCAGAACAAUCUGAUCUGGCACAUCAAGGACGAACUAAAGAAGGUGUGCUCCACAAAUGACAUGAAAGAACUUCUCCUCUAUAACAAGCAGCAAGUGCCUUCCGGGGAGUCAGCGAUCUUGGACCGAGUGGUUGACGGGAUCGUGUUUGGGGCCCUCCUUCCCUGCACGCAGUGCUCGGGCCAGGUGGUCUUCAAGGGCGAUGGCUAUUACUGCACCGGGGACAUCACUGCCUGGACCAAGUGCAUGUUCAAAACACAGAGACCAAACCGUGCUGACUGGGGGCUGCCAAAGGAAUUCCAAGAAAUCUCUUUCUUCAAGAAGUUGAAGAUCAAAGACCAGCUACGCCUGUUCCCCCCCGAGAGCAGUGCCCCAGUGCCGGUGGCCCCCAUGCCCACUGCAGCGUCUGCUGCGCCUGCUGCCCAGAGCGCCUCCAGUCCUGCAGAUAAGCCACUGUCUAACAUGAUGAUCCUGACCCUGGGGAAGCUGUCCCGGAACAAGGAGGAGGUGAAGGCCACGGUUGAGAAGCUGGGAGGCAAGCUGACAGGGACAGCCAGCAAGGCAUCCGUGUGUGUCAGCACCAAGAAGGAGGUGGAGAAGAUGACGAAGAAGAUGGAGGAGGUGAGAGAAGCCAAUGUCCGUGUUGUGUCCGAGGAUUUCCUUGAUGAUGUGGGCACCGGCAAGAACCUCCAGGAGUUGCUUUCCGUGCACACACUGUCCCCCUGGGGAGCUGAGGUGAAAGCAGAGUCUGUUGAAGUUGUAACCUCAAAACCAAAAUCGGGGUCCGCACCCCCAAAGAAGAGCAAGGCCCCCAUCAAAGAGGAAGGCAUCAGUAAAUCUGAGAAGAGGAUGAAGCUGACUCUGAAAGGAGGUGCAGCUGUGGAUCCUGAUUCUGGUCUGGAACAUUCUGCACAUGUCUUGGAGAAGGGUGGGAAGGUCUUCAGUGCCACCCUGGGCCUGGUGGACAUUGUCAAAGGGACCAACUCCUAUUACAAGCUACAGCUUCUAGAGGACGAUAAGGAAAGCAGGUACUGGAUCUUCCGGUCCUGGGGCCGAGUGGGCACUGUGAUUGGGAGCAACAAGCUGGAGCAGAUGCCGUCCAGGGAGGACGCCAUUGACCACUUUACAAAAUUGUAUGAGGAGAAAACCGGCAACGCCUGGCACUCCAAGAACUUCACCAAGUAUCCCAAGAAGUUCUACCCUCUGGAGAUUGACUACGGCCAGGAUGAAGAGGCCGUGAAGAAAUUGACCGUGAACCCUGGCACCAAGUCUAAGCUCCCCAAGCCAGUGCAGGAGCUCAUCAGGAUGAUCUUCGAUGUGGAGAGCAUGAAGAAAGCCAUGGUGGAGUACGAGAUCGACCUUCAGAAGAUGCCCUUGGGGAAGCUGAGCAAGAGGCAGAUCCAGGCUGCAUAUUCCAUCCUCGGUGAGGUCCAGCAGGCUGUGUCCCAGGGCAGUAGCGACUCCCGGAUCCUGGAUCUCUCGAAUCGCUUCUACACCUUGAUCCCACAUGACUUCGGCAUGAAGAAGCCUCCGCUCCUGAACAACGCUGACAGUGUGCAGGCCAAGGUGGAAAUGCUGGACAACUUGCUGGACAUUGAGGUGGCCUACAGCCUGCUCAGGGGUGGGUCUGAGGACAGCAGCAAGGACCCCAUUGAUGUCAACUAUGAGAAGCUCAAGACUGAGAUUAAGGUGGUGGACAAAGAUUCUGAAGAAGCCAAGAUCAUCCGCAAAUAUGUUAAGAACACUCACGCGACAACUCACAACGCAUAUGACCUGGAAGUCAUUGAUAUCUUUAAGAUUGAGCGUGAAGGGGAGACCCAGCGCUACAAGCCUUUCCAGCAGCUCCACAACCGUAGGCUGCUGUGGCAUGGCUCCAGGACCACCAACUUUGCCGGCAUCCUGUCCCAGGGGCUGCGGAUCGCCCCCCCAGAAGCACCUGUGACUGGCUACAUGUUUGGUAAAGGAAUCUAUUUCGCUGACAUGGUCUCUAAGAGUGCCAACUACUGCCACACGUCCCAGGGAGACCCAGUCGGAUUGAUCCUGUUGGGAGAAGUUGCUCUUGGAAACAUGUAUGAGCUGAAGCAUGCUUCACAUAUCAGCAAGUUACCCAAAGGCAAGCACAGUGUCAAAGGUUUGGGUAAAACGACCCCUGAUCCUGCGGCUACUAUUAACCUGGAUGGUGUGGAGGUUCCUCUUGGAACUGGGGUUCCAUCUGGUGUGAAUGACACCUGUCUGCUAUAUAAUGAGUACAUUGUCUAUGAUAUUGCUCAGGUACAUCUGAAGUAUCUGCUAAAAUUGAAAUUCAACUUCAAGGCAUCUCUCUGGUGAAUGGUGAGCUGUGGCUGAGU